AUGGAUGUCAAAUAUAUUGGAGGUGAUGUUCCAUGGACACUUCCAUUUGGUGAUCAUUUUUAUUCAUCAAGUCAAGCAUCAUUUACUGAUACACAAAAAUCAAAUUUGACUUCUGCAAGUGAUUUAGAAAUAAUUGCUCGUCGACAUAGUUUUGAACCAUUAUAUUCAACUAAUGAAAAACAAUUACAAAUAAAAUCUCCAUUUUCGAAUGUUAAUGUACAAUGGAUGAAUACAGGUGUUCUAUUUACUGAUAAAACAAUAGAACCAAAUAUUACUGGAAUUCAUAAAACAGAUUUUUAUGAUGAUCAUGAACAUACAUUUUGUUAUUUAUGUUCAAUUAAUCAACAUCAUCAUGAACGAACUAAACCUCGUGAUCAAUCACAACGACGAAAAUUAAUUCCAUAUAAUAAUCCAAAAGCUCUCAAAACUCGAUCAUCAUCAUUGGAUCGAACUGUUCAAAGUUCAUCAACAUCUGAUUUAGUACCUUAUCGAUUCAUUGUUCGAACUGGUAUAAGAAAAAAUAGUGGUACACGAGCUCAAGUUUUUUUAUAUAUGUAUGGAACAGAAAAAAAUUGGACAUCAAUUAAUUUACAAGCACGUACAAAUACGAAUUCAGAUGGUUUUCCAAGUGGAUCAAUACGAACAUUUUGUCUUAAAGGACCUGAUAUUGGUCAAUUGCAUCAUUUAAAUGUUAAUCUUGUUGGUGCUCGUUCAGAUAAAGAAUGGUUUCUAAAAGAAAUUGAAAUAACAAAUUUAAAUACAUCUGUUACAUGGUUAUGUGAAUUUAAUUGUUGGUUACCGAAAAAACAAGAAGAUGAUGUAAUUAAACCAACUGUUAAAAAACGAAGAGAAUUAUCAUUGGAUAAUUUAUCAGUUUAUAUUUUACAAAUUCGUACUGGUGGAAAAGCAUUUGCUGGUACUGAUGCAAAUAUUCAAGUUAUUAUUCGUGGUUCAACAAGUCCAACACGACAAUUAGCAUUAACAAGUAGUGGAGCAAAUUUAUUUGAACAAAAUCAAUUAGAUACAUUUGCAAUUGUUGGUGGAGAUAUUGGUGAUUUAUUAGAGAUAACUGUUGAAUCUGAUAAAUCUCAAUUAGCAUCUGAUUGGGAUCUAAAAGAAAUGAUAAUGUGGAAAAUAAUACCUAUUAAGGAUGAUAGACAAUUACAAGUUUAUUUUCCAUUUAAUACUUGGCUUGGAGAUGCACAAAGUAAAUUAAAAGCAAAAAGAGAAAUAUAUCCAUCAACUGAUCAUCAUCAAAAAGGACCUACAUGUUAUCACAUAACAGUUAAAACUGGUAAAGACAUGGGAGCUGGUACAGAUGCAAAUGUAUAUAUAAUUAUCUAUGGAAAAAGUGGUCGAACUACUAUACAUCACUUAGAUAAUCUAUUAAAAAAUGAUUUUGAACGAAAUACAACAUCAGAAUUUACUAUCAUGGAUAUUGAUGUAGGAAAAAUUGAUCGAAUAAAAAUUUGGCAUGAUAAUACUGGUAUAGGUUCAGCUUGGUUACUUGAUUCAAUAAUAAUUCGUAAAAAACAUUCAACAUGUCGUUUAAUAACAAAUAUAUAUAUACAACGUCUUGAAAAAAUUAGUCAAAUUUUAUAUCAACAAGCUUGUGAACAAUUAAAAAAAGAUCAUAAUCUAAGAUUAUCUUCAAAUGAACGACGAAGUUCAAAAUUAAAAGAUUUAGAUGAUUUAACAAGUAAUCGUAGUAUAUUACGUAGUCCAAUUUUAUAUGAUAAAAAUAAUUUACAAAAAAAAGUUACAUGGGAUGAACAAAGUAUUGGUUCACAAGAUGAACCAUUUACAAUUGAUACACAACGAAUGAAAAAAAAAUUUGAAGAAAAAUCUAAAAAAGAUAAUUUAUUAUCACAAAUUGAAACUGGUCAUUUUGAACAUCAAGCAACUUGGAUAUCAUCUCAUAAUUAUCAUGAUAAUAAAUGGCAAAUAAAUUCUAUUGAAGAACGUAAUACAUUUGAUUUAGAUCAAACAAUACGUUCAUUAUUUUUAUCAGAUCGUUCAUUAAUAAAAACAUCAAUUAAUGAAAAAGAUGAUGAUAUUUAUGAAUUUGUAACUAAUUCUUGGUUAACUACAGAUAAAGGUAAAAAACCAGAAAUAUAUUUAACACCAAAAUCAAGUCAAUUAUCAACAACUGAAACAAAAUCAAAAUCAUCAUCAUCAUUAUCAACAAAAAAAUCUUCUUCUGAUUAUCGACAUGAUAAAUAUAAUGAUGAAGAUUUAAAACAUUCAUCAAAAUUGAAUCUUGAACCAUUAGAAAAAUCACCAAGAAGUCAAACAUCUUUACGUGAUAUAUCAAAAACACAAUUUGAUGAUUCAUAUUCAUCUCAACGAAGUGAUCAAAAAAUUUCUAAUAUAUUAAAACGACAAGAAGAAUCUUUUAUUGAUAAAUAUCAUCGUUCAUUAUCACCAACUCAACAUUCAAUAUCUCCUCAUAGUAAUAAAAAUCUUAAAAUUUCAUCAACGAAUGAACAAGAAUUAUUAUCAAAAGGUUCAUAUCAUUCACGAACAGGACCUACGGCAUUAAUAGAUACACGAUCAUUAUCUAAUCAACAAUCGAAAUCACCAAGAUUUGAUAAAGAACCAUUGAGUCCAGUGAUUAGUAAUCGAGAUUUAUCUGCAAGAAUGACGAAACCAGUAACACAUUCGAAUGUUGAAAUGUCGUCACGUAAAAUGACACGAAAUCAAGUAUAUAGUUCUGCUUAUGGUACAAUACCAAUGGAUGAUUUUUAG